UAUUCCCGCCAUGAGUCAUGUUUCCUAUGUCUAAAAGACAGCGUGACCGUCACCAGAGAAUAUAUCGUUUACAUGAUAUAUUCUCUGCCGUCACUGUCUGCUGUCAUCGUAGUACAAGAAAGAAAAGUUUUAGUAAAAAUAGUCUCUGGUAAAAAUUGUAUAUCUCACAAUCAAAUGAAUGUGAAAGCCGAGAAAGAACUUUAAAAAAGCUACCCAAAAAUUGGGAAUCCCCCUGAAUAAAUGAAAUGAAAUAAAAACUAUCAGAAGAAGGGACACAAUGGAAGAUGGGCUAAUUGUAGUUAAACAUGGAAUCGGUAAAUCAGAAGUUAAACUUGGAAAAGAAGAAACAUUGGACGAAAAUAUUACAACAGAAAAUGUUCUGAUUAAACAAGAGAUCGAUUUAGAAGAAAUAUUUAUUAAAGAAGAAAUAUCAGAGGAAAGUGAAAAUUUAGAACAUGAACUAAUUACAGCUGAAUAUGAAACUGAUGAAUUAGAAGAUUCUACUUCAAGAUUUCAAGAAAAUAAAUCAUUUUCUUGUGAGUUUUGUGACAAAACAUUUAAGUGUCGAAGUUAUCUAGCUGUGCAUCAACGAACUCACAAUGGAGAAAAAUCAUUUUCAUGUGAAAUUUGUGAUAAAAAAUUUAGUCAAAAAUCUUAUUUAGCUCAACACAAACGAAUUCACACUGGAUACAAACCAUUUUCCUGUAAAGUUUGUGAUAAAAAAUUUAAAAAUCAAAGAGAUUUACUCGUACAUCAACGAACUCAUACCGGAGAAAAACCAUUUUCAUGUGAUAUUUGUGGUAAAAAAUUUACUGUAGUGAAUAGUUUGAAUAGACAUAAAGUGAAUCACACCGGAAAAAGGCCAUUUUCUUGUGAAAUUUGUGAUAAAUCAUUUACCCAUAACAAUUAUUUAAUAAGCCAUAAACGAAUUCAUACCGGGGAAAAACCAUUUUCGUGUAAAAUUUGUGAUAAAAAAUUUACUCAGUAUCCCAAUUUAAUGGAUCAUAUACGGACUCAUACAGUUGGCAAAGUAAUUUAA